GAUCGAGAGCACCUUUGAGGUUUACACCGAGGCGGAACGGCUCUACCUCUUCGGGCUGGAGAGCCCCGACGCCGCGCGGGAAUGGCUCAAAUCCAUCGCCAAGUCCUUUGUGCCCCCCCGCGCCGAGGAGCUGCUGGCGCUGGACUUUGAGCGCUUGGGGCGGCUGCAGUACAAGGGGGGGCUCAACCUGGAGCAGGCCCGGGAAGGGUGGUUCGCCCUGGUGGGCUCCACGCUGCACGGCUGCUUCCCGGAUGGUGACCGCCAGGAGCCCCUGCAGCUCCGCAAGCUCCAGGAGCUCUCCAUCCAGGGGGACAACGAGGUGCUGGUGCUGGUGGAGAGGCGGAGGACGCUGUACAUCCAGGGGGAGAGGAAGUUGGAUUUCCUUGGCUGGGUGCAGGCCAUCCAAAAAGCGGCGAGCAGCGGAGGGGCCACUCUGGGGGAGCAGCAGCUGACGGAAGCCGACGUCCCCUUGCUGGUGGAUCGCUGCAUCGACUACAUCACCCAGUGCGGGCUGACGUCUGAGGGUAUCUACCGCAAGAGCGGGCAGAACUCCAAGACCACCAAUUUGCUGGAGCUGCUGCGCCGCGACGCCCGCAGCGUGCGCCUGAAGGAGGGCGAGCACCAGGUGGACGACGUGGCCAACACCCUCAAGCGCUUCUUCCGCGACCUCGGCGACGGGCUCUUCACCGCCCGCUGGGGACAGGAGUGGCUGCGGGCCACGGCGCUGGAGGAUGAGGAGGAGAAGAUCAGCGAGUACCGGCGGCUCCUGAGCAACCUCCCCACCGUGAACCGGGCCACGCUGAAGGCGCUCAUCAACCAUCUCUUUCGGGUCCAGCGCUUUUCUGGGGAGAACCAGAUGAACACCCACAACCUGGCCAUCGUCUUCGGGCCCACGCUGUUCCAGACAGACGGGAAGGACUACAAGGCAGGGCGCGUGGUGGAAGACCUCAUCAGCCACUACGUGAAGAUCUUUAACGUCAACGACCAAGAGAUGAAGAAGCAGCAGGACGAGAUCACGGCCAUCAUGAAGAUGCGGGAGGCAGCGUCCAGUGGGACGCAGCAAGCUGGGGACUUCAUCUGCACCGUCUACCUGGAGGAGAAGAAACCGGAGGCGGAGCAGCAUGUCAAGAUCCCGGCCACGAUGACAGCCGAGGAGCUCACCUUUGAGAUCCUGGAGCGGAGGAAGAUCGUGAUGAAGGAGAAGGAUUACUGGAGCUGCUUCGAAGUGAACGAGAGGGAGGAGGCAG